AUGAAUAGAUUUUUUAACAAUAAGGUUGUACAUCAAUUUUCCCAGGGUUUAUCGAAGAGAGCAUACUCUACGCUGCGUUCCGCUAGCUUAAAACCCGGAACCGGCAUUUACUUAGGUAGUGCUGCUGCAUUGGUUUCAGCAAUUGCCUGGACAUCUAUAGAUACGAUUGAAAAUGAGGUCGAUAAAAAAAAGAUUGAGGAGGGUAAGAGUAUAGCUGAACAUACUGGAAGCGGCCAAAAAGAAGCGGAGGCGAAGAAGGAAGCGGUGGGGAGAGGAAACGUCAAAACUAAAGUUCCGGCAGAAGAGGGCUCGCCAACUACACAGUCCGAGGCUACGGCCAACGAAGAAGCAGAACAGACGAAGAAGAGCUUGGCAGGAAGUAAGAAUGAAAAGCUGCAAACGAGCUCUGAAUCCGGAAUCAAAUGGGACAACAAGUUUUUGAAGCCAAUAUCUAGUGGAGUAUGUGGCGGAGAAUUCAAGGAUGCAUUUUCGGUACUUUUCUCAAGUUCAGACUUAAAGAGCUCAGAUGUCAUCGAAAAGCUUGAUGCAUUGAGACGUUGUUUGAAAGACCAUCCCGAGAUUUCGAAAGAUUGA